AUGACAAAAGAUUUUCCAUCUCUGAACCCGCUGUUUGGACGCCGAAAAACGAAAGACACGGCGGCAGAAGAAGGAGGGGACGAAAGACACGGCGGCGACGAAAGACACGGCGGCGGAAGAAGGAGGGGACGAAUUUCUUGGCGGCUAGCCAAGUCAGGUUCUUCAUUAGUGUUGUUCCCUUCCUAUGCGACCCACCUUCUUCGUUUCCCCUUCCAAAUCAAGCUUCUUGAUUUCAAGAUGGAGAUUCUUCCCUCCAUUUGGGUUGAUGUCACGGCGGAGGGAGACGGUGGCGACGAAAGACACGGCGGCGGAAGAAGGUCAGGUUCUUCAUUAGUGUUGUUCCCUUCCUAUGCGACCGACCUUCUUCGUUUCCCCUUCCAACUCAAGCUUCUCGAUUUCAAGAUGGAGAUUCUUCCCUCCAUUUGGGUUGAUGUCACGGCGGAGGGAGACGGUGGCGACGAAAGACACGGCGGCGGAAGAAGGUCAGGUUCUUCAUUAGUGUUGUUCCCUUCCUAUGCGACCCACCUUCUUCGUUUCCCCUUCCAACUCAAGCUUCUCGAUUUCAAGAUGGAGAUUCUUCCCUCCAUUUGGGUUGAUGUCACGGCGGAGGGAGACGGUGGCGACGAAAGAUACGGCGGCGGAAGAAGGUCAGGUUCUUCAUUAGUGUUGUUCCCUUCCUAUGCGACCCACCUUCUUCGUUUCCCCUUCCAACUCAAGCUUCUCGAUUUCAAGAUGGAGAUUCUUCCCUCCAUUUGGGUUGAUUUAGCAUCUGUUGGAUUUCAGGGGAAGGUGAAAGGGGUUAUCUCCAUUUCUCAGUGA